AUGGAGCGGUCUAGCUCCGACAUGCGAGCUCCGAGGAAGCCGAACCCCGCGCCGCAGCGGACAACGUCGUUGAUCGGCCCACCACGCCCGCCAGGCGGCCCGCCGCCGCCUGGGCCUCCUCUGCGGCUGCCGGGAGGCCCUGCCCAGCCACCGCCAUCUGUAGGAGGUCCUGGCAAGGUCGUGGGCGGCGGUGGUGACAGGAUGCGCCGCGCGCCGGAGAUCGUGGAGUUGUACCAGUCGCUGACGGGGCGCGGCGAGGUCAAGCAGACCGGCUCCCGAGGGCCCAGGGCGGCGUCCGGCGGGUCAGCGGCUCCGAAGGGCGACUUGAUGGGAGAGAUGAACCGGAACUCCUCCCAUUUCCUUGCCGUCCAGGCCGACGUGGAGACCCAAGGCGACUUCGUGCGAACCUUGGCCGCCGAAGUCCGGGAUGCAACCUUCGCGACCAUCGAAGACGUCGUCGCGUUCGUGGCGUGGCUCGACCAAGAGCUCUCCUUCCUGGUGGAUGAACAAGCUGUCCUAAAACACUUCCAAUGGCCAGAGAAGAGGGCAGACGCAUUACGAGACGCCGCCGCCAGGCACCAGUGGCUGGUACAGCUAGACAAGCAGAUUUCGUCCUUCGUCGACGACCGCGCGCUCCAACACGACGCGGCCCUCGGCAAGAUGUACUCCCUCUUUGAGAAAACUGAGAAGAGCGUCUUCAAGUUCGUGCUAGAACGUGAUACCAGCGACGCAAAGAUCAAUCUUACAUCGCGCUACAAAGAGCAGGACAUCCCUGUUGGCUGGAUGUCAGACACGGGUUUAAUUGUCAAGGUCAAGCUGGCGUGCGUGAACCUAGCAAGGCAGUACAUGCUGCGGGUGGUCUUGGAGAUUCACAGUUUAUCAGGCACCAGCAAGAAUCCGACCAAGGAAACUGCGCUCGCCAAACUUCUGAAAGAGCAAAACAGACAAGUGUUACUCCAUCAGGGUGUCAGGUUCGCGUUCCGUGUUCAUCAGUUUUCAGGUGGAUUCACUGCCCACAGCUUGGCUGCUUUUAAUGAGCUAAAACGACGAAGAACAAAUUAACAACCUGUAAAUUAUCAAGGGUUUAGUUUCCAAUUUCCCAUAUGAUGGACCAGAGCAAGUUAACAAACAUGUGCUCUACCAGAAAAAGAGUUAACACCAUGUAAAUUAUCGCAGGUUUCAGCUCCGAACUUUCACAUUAUGUACUCGAUAUGACAAAUCAACGUGUGCAGGUUUUAUGACUACGAUUUUCUUGUGAAAAUAUAUU